UUUUAGUUUUCAACAUAAAUGAACUGUAUUGAUAGAUUUAUUACGCGGCUGGCGCUGAUUCCCAUUCGCCGCAGCCUGAAAAAAUUCUACGGUACCUGUUCCUCGUCCCGUUGUCCUGUAGUUGUUUCUUUUCCGAUAGUGCAGCCGAUUCAUCAGUAGUAACAAUUCGCUGUCUUAGGUAAGUAAUUUCAUCGCGGGAUGAAAAAGAAAAAAGGUUCAGCUUCAGAAGCAACUACAAUUAUGCGAUCAUGAUGCAACACAUUUUUGACCAAGAAGAUCCGUUUUCUUUUGUUGUAGUUGUGCCACCAAACGACGUUCCUGGUGAGAGCAGACCGAAGUGUCUAGAUCCACUUACUAGCUUUACCUGGUAGAAGACGAGGUAAAGCACUCCUGCAUCUUCCGGUCGUGCAGCUGGUCCUCGGGUGGAUGUUGACCAGGUGUUGACCAUUCGAUCUGCCUGGAGAAGGAGCUGAUAAUGUAGUUGACCCGGUAUUACUAACGAUUCGACUUUGAAGAAGAUGUUGAUGUUGUGUGACUCACUUUAUUUGAACAGGAGCGACUCUUUUACCAUCAUAAUAAAUUCGAUGGCUAAUUUUUAUAAAAGACGAUUGUCGGCCGCGACUACAACACAACUAUUCCUCCCCCGUAGAAGUCGGUCCUGCAAAGUUUAAGUGUAAGUAUAUAGCUCAAACCCACUAGUAGUAUAUUCGUGUAGUCUAUCCCGAAGAAGAAGAAGAAAAACAAAAAAGGCAAUAUAGAAAAUGGCGACUUCCUCUUUAUUCCGACAGAACCAGGACCAGAACGGCUACGGCAUGAAUCCGUCUGGCUUCCAAGCCGCGCCGUACCAACUGCACCAAGCAGUGGCCGUGCCACCCCCUCCCGCGCCACGGGAUGUUGAACAACAUCUUGUUCCAGGCGGAAGAUCACCAUCUACUGCCAGGGCGCAUGAUAUUAAGCAAAACAAACAUUCGAGAAGUAGAACAAGUAGUACCAGUCCAACUAGAACGAGUAGAGCAGGCCACCACGACAGAAGUACAGGAACAACAUCAAGUUCUACUGCCCAACAAGGUCAAAGACUCCUGAAGAACCUCCCGAGAGAGGCGGUGAAUUGGGUAUUUGCAGAGCCGGACACCUUGCCAGAAAACGUCUCCCUCUUUGCGAUUACAAAACAGGAGCUGAUCGCAGGAGGUUAUGCACUGCAAAAGUCAUCUAGCACUCGUACUAAUUCUUGCAGCACUGCUCCUGGUGCAUGUAUUUUGCAACUCCCUUCCUUAUGAUUAACAUCCUCGUUGACCGCAUAUGCAAAUUCCAUUUCUACAGUAUUCAUCUGGGCAAUAAAUGUGUGAUGCGCGGCUUCCUACUUUAAGGUACGAAGAUACUUUUGCAAUGCAUAGGGAUCCACCACAAGCGACUACGACUAUCAACAACACCAAAGACUCCCCACAGUUUCUCUACCACGAGCAUUACGGAAACCUGGCCGCGCACGAUCCUGCUUUAUUUUCAAAUCAGCCACAGGCCGUGAGAUUCGAGGCGAGGAUACGGGCAGUAGUUCCUGUGGUUGAUCAUGAUCAACACGACGGCGGUGCUGGGCGAGCGGCACCACCGGGGGCCCCCGGCGCGGCACAGGCGAGGAACUACACUUCCGAACAAGAAGUCGAAAAAUUGCUGUCGAUUGCGGUGCCACUCCCAGUACUACCAGAACCACCACAUAUUUACGGCCCGUCAACAUCACAGGGGAACCUUUUUGACCAAGAAUUCGACCGCUUUCUCUUCAACAGCGUGAACAGUAUCGUACGAAAAAAGUGUUUCACUGUAGAGGACUUUGCAAGUUUUGCAUCACACGUUUGUUUUACAUGACAGAGGGGUUCCUAAGGGCAAACACAGCUAGAAUAAAUCCACUGUCUUGCAUGUGUAGCAUGACACAAACUUCUGCGAUUCAUUUUCUGCGUCACAAGUUUACAGCGAAACAGUUUUUUGUUGCGAUAAACAGUUGCGGCUUGUUAAUCUCGGAGCAAAUGGUCAUCGGCUUCCAACUGCCGACGCUCUUCAAUACGUCGAAUGUGAAUCAUCUCCCAGCAGGAGCUCAACAACAACUUCAGCAAGAUCCUCAAAUCGUGGAACUGGACGGCCGCGUUGUGGCAGACUACCGACCCGCAGCGUUAGCUCUGGCUGAAAACAAUCAAAAAGCAAGACCAGGAUCAACACCUCCUUCCGGCAAGAAAGCCCCCGCGUCCUGUUUCACUUCCAUCCGGCGCGCUUUGUGGCACCCCUGCUCUUAUCAAAUGCAAAAGUGUCUGGGUCUGGAAGAUUUUGAGACUUGUCAUGCUUGUCUGGCAUGACCAAAGAGUUUGUGAUGCGUGUCCAAGAAGAGACCCUUUUGCCUGUCAUGCAAAAACGCAGUUUGGCAUGCGAAAAACGCAACACAAAGGAGCGCAGAUAUUGCUCAUGCUUGCCUGUGCAUUACAGAGCAUAAUUCACUAUUCCCAACGCAGCAUUACAAGUUUCCAGACAUCCAGGGACUUUUGCAGUUGAUAGCUCCGACACCCAUGUGGUGGUGUUGUACCGGAAAACCGAGGAGGUCGCAGUUGUAGAGGACUCAACGGCCGCGGCACGAGGACCUCCAGAACUGGAGGCAAAAACGCUGUUCCAUCUGAUUGACCUCAGUGUGAUGGACGAAGCUCCCGGAGUACAACUUCUAGAGCAGCAGUUUGUCGCUGAUGGCAACUUACUAGUCGGAGGACGACCUGUAAUACCGGCCGCGCAAUUCACGCCGUCCAACGCAGUAGAAGUUGACGAUUUUGAUGGGGAAGGUGAGAGCGAUGCGGUGGAUUUGUGUGUGGACUUCGCGUUUUGCACCGGAGCCAGUUCAACAGCUGCACAGGAACUACCAGGAAAAAUCGGCGCAACUGGGGCUCUACAACACCUUCAAAGUCAUCCUCGUUGCAGCUCUUCCGCAACAGGAGCUCAAGAGCAUACAGUAUUACCCACGUUCAGCAAACCGCUGUGGACAUGCGUCUCCGUGUUGUUUCUGCACGAGUCGGGGAAAAUUUUUGUGCGGCAGGAUUUAGGGACUAUCGUGCCGAAACAGAUCUUGCUGCCCAUAGCUGCGCAUGACAAACAACAAAUGGACGACCAAAAGCUACUGCGCCUCCGGGAAGAGGGGUUGCUGAAGGUGAAAACGGUCACGAAGGAGGUGGUGGAGCGGAGUCGCUUGGUGGUGCAACAAGAUAAUUUGUAUAGCGAAGACAACACGACAGCUGCUUUUUCUCAUGCGCAAACCGCACAAGAACAACCAGUCCUCGAAGAGGUCUCUGCCGUCACGUUUGAGGAGCACGCUACCGUCGUGACUGCCUCCUCAUUAUCCUGUGCGAAAGUAUCGUACUCGUAUUGCAAUCAUGCAUUACAAAUCCUUUUCUUAAGGUCAAUCCGCAUUACAUUUCUCAUGCUGAGGAAAUUUGUAAUGCAUUUAUACGAAUGCUAUACUUUUGCACAGGAUACUCCUCGUGGGUGAUCCGAGAAGGCGACGCCCAAGUAGAAGUAGAUGGGACCACGAGUAGAAAAAAUAACCACACAACUACAAGAAGUGAGCUGCAAAAGAAAUACUCGCAGUUGGUGUUAAUCUGCAGCAACCCCCUGCCGGUCAUCGCGCUCAUACACCAGCAGCAACAGCAGAGGGGACAACGAACAAAAGGCGACUUUAGUUCGACGAGAAACAAAAUCGGGCUGUCUAUCUGCACGGUGACCGAGACCGAGUGUGGGAGUGCCAUUGACGAUAUGAAAGUGCACAACUCCCCCUCCCCCUCAUUUGUGUAGCACGAACGGCAAUACAAGAGUCAGCAAGAGUGCCGGUUUUGCAUGACAAAUUUCCACAAGAGUGUAGUGCUGUUCAGGCUUCCAGAGUUUGUCAUGCAAACAGUGCCAAGAAACACAGUUUGGAUUUGGUGUUUUGCAUGACAAAUGAGGGGGAGGGGGAGUUGUGCACUGUCAUAGACGAGUUCGAACUGUGCGAAGAGGAGGAGAAGGAGCCGCAAAAUUACGCCCGCGGAGACGAGAACAUCGUUGACAUUGUGGAAAUCAAAAAAAUGUAUAAAUAAAGCAUAGCGAGGACUUCUUGUUGCACACUCUAGACGCACACAACUGUGAUGCGCUUGUUCUCGUCGCAUGUUGACUUCCACACGAUAUUUUGAUUAUCAAUUUUCACGGUGUUGCUGUAGGAGAAAUAAAAUUGCUCACAACAGGUAGUAGAAGAACUACACCAGCUUCAUCAUUGUAGUUUGUCGCUUUGAGUAGAGAUCUUCAAAACCUCUCUUUCCGUAUAAAUCAAAACAGCUCACCAUCUACCAGCGACAUCACGGCUUCCACGACACUCGCGGACAAGUUUGUGAUUCUCGGGAGAAAGCUGGCGUUUUUUGUGCAAAUCAACUGGCUCGAGCAGCUCACGAAGUCCAAAUGGAGCGGGGAACUGCAGCCGUCGGUCUGCAAGGUGCUGAAUACGAAAACGAAGAAGCAGAUUGCGAACUUCUACUUCGCAGGAGCAGGCAGGAGGGAAGGUAUAGGUGGCACAUCAGGGCAGAUCUAGAUGCUUACUUGCAGACAUUAUGACAGCACUGCUCUGUCUUGCACGACUCUACUAUAGUCGAUGACAAACGCGAGCUAGCUUUAGCAUUGCAGAAUUCAGCGAAAAAAAAAUCAGGUGUACUGUUUUUCGAGGAUGACGAAGAGAUGAGUCUGCUGCAGACCCCAGACCAGACCCCCGAGAAACAGACCCCCGGACAGGACAAAUCAGGCCUAUUAAAUAACCAGGCUAAGGCCGCAAAUAAGCGUGGCGAACACGAGCUACUCAUGGUACAGCAGCAGCUUGAUAAAAACUACAAUCUCGUCCACAAUACCCUGUACCUCCCGUCCCAAGCCUUUAACUACCAACCACCUUUGCUGCAGCACUACGACGGAAGUAGAACAGGAAUGAACAUGGACGUGCCAGGAGGCGCGGCAGGCACCAGCUCCGGAACAGGAUCAGGCCCGACACGACCUUCGUACCAAGCGGACCUGCUGCAAAACCAGAACCAGAACACGUUUAACUACCAGCAGCUGAAGCAGCAGGAGCGGAAACAGCGGGAGAAAUUAGAAACUUUAUUGUUUAAAAACCCGGAAUUGCUGCUACCCUCCGGGAAUUUGUUCGGAAUAUCCUGUGCAAAAGUAUCGCACUCGUAUUGCAGUCAUGCAUUACAAAUCUUGUCCUUAAGGCAAAUCCGCAUUACAAAUAAUUUUAUUUCUCAUGCUGAGGAAAUUUGUAAUGCAUUUAUACGAGUGCGAUACUUUUGCAAUGCAUACGGAACGACAAGCAGCAAGAGUCUCGAUAUCGACGUGAAGGCGGUGGUCUCGCAGGUGCACAACGUGCAGAAUGCGUUUGUGAAUGAAUUGCUGAAGAAAGCGGCGAUCUUGAAGAAAUACCGCGAGAUGAAAUCGGCGGGUGGUGAGCAGGGGCAGACCCUGAAACUGUCCACGCAGCAGUUGCAGGAACUGAGUGCCAAAGCCGACGAAGCAGACAAAACGCAGAAGGAGCUCGAGGAACUGUUGAUGAGUUUGACGAAGAAGCAGAAGGAGUUGAAACGACAGUUUUUGGAUUUGGAACAAGCCUGCGUGCGGCAAGCGAGCGGGGAAAAAGCGGUGGAAAUCUCGAUUGGGUUGGAGGAACUGGGACGGAGGAUCGGGGGCGGAGAUGUUGGGGGUGCUGGGGGCGGUGUAGUUGGAGUUCCGGGGUUGGUCCGAUGAAGCGAAGAUCAUGGGGGCGCGAUUUGCGGCAUCUUCAUGCGGAAAUGUUUUUAGUUGCGGCUUGAUUGCCAUUUGUUUUCUUACUUAUGAUUAUCGGAAGAUAUUUUUAUCGGCGCGGGCUUGUCCUAGUUGUAGUUUGAAAAACAGAAAUCGUGAAGCAGCCACAAGGCAUUACUGGUACCAGAGAACCUGGAAGAGUCAGUGUUCAGUUCCCUUCAAUGUAAUUGCGUGCUGGCCUACAGGGAGCGGACGUAUGCAUCAGGAGCGCAGCGAAGCGUCACGAAUAUAGGCACAAGAGGACACGCCGCGCGGACUGGUUUACUCCGCCCGACGAGCCCGCCGGGCGCGAAGACCGCGCCGCCCGGCGGGACCCCUAAGGAGGGAGGCCGCGGCGUGCCUCGUUUCCGCGGCAGUCGAGUCCAAUGCUGCUGAGCCGCCUGCCGUGCUCACAGCGCCCCGGCUGCGGCCAAGCGUGGC